AUGCCUCUACACCAGGGCUUCCUCCCGCGCGAGGGCCUCACAGCCGACCCCAUCUUCCGCCUCAUCGCCAGGACCACCCUGAACCCGUCCGUACUCCUCCCGCUCCUGCUCCUCGCCCGAUACACCAAAAAGGGAGGCGAUCUCGCUAUCCUCCACCCCACAGCCUUUUCGCGCAUUAAGUUACUGGCAUACUGCGCCGUGACGCGCUGGGCGAGCAGCUGCCUCUCGCGGCGCGCCCUGAACAACUGGGUCGACGACCGGUACGACUGGCGCAGGGAGAUUGUUCUCGUCACGGGCGGUGCUGGUGGGAUUGGCGGGCAUGUUGCACGGCUAUUGGCUGAGCAGGGUGCUACUGUCGUUGUGUUGGAUAUCCAGGACUUGACCUUCACUGCUACUUCCAAUGUGCACUAUUUCAAGUGCGACAUCACUUCGACUGAGAAACUCGCAGCGGUAGCCAACGAUAUUCGUGCAAAGGUCGGCCACCCGACGGUGCUUAUCAACAAUGCCGGCGUAGCGCGUGGAAAGACGGUCCUCGACUCGACGGAGCGGGAUAUCCGCUUUACCUUCGACGUCAACACGCUUGCACACUACUGGACGACCAAGGAAUUCCUCCCGCACAUGGCAAAGAUGAACCACGGCAUGAUCGUAACAGUCGCAUCGUACGCAAGCUACCUAUGCGUCCCCAACAUGGUCGACUACGGCGCGUCCAAAGCCGCCGCCAUGGCGUUCCACGAGGGCAUCACGGCAGAGCUCACCACUCGGUACAACGCCCCGCGGGUGCGCACGGUACUGGUCAACCAGGGCUUCACAAAGACUCCGCUGUUCACCGGCUACGAGCAGGGCGUGGAGUUCAUCCUCCCGGCACUGGAGCCCGAGACUGUUGCCGAUGCCGUCGUCAGGCAGGUGCUCACGGGCGAGAGCGGCCAUGUCGUCUUGCCCGCGUACGGCAACGUGCUGACGGCGCUGCGGGCGUUCCCGCACUGGUACCAGCACCGCAUCCGGGGCGAGUCGCAGAAGCUGAUGAAGAACUUUUCGGGGCGGCAGGUGGUCAAGGACGUUGAGGGCUUUUACGAGAGGAGGGACAAGAAGGCCGAAGAGGAGCAAGAGAGGCCGGAGGAGAGCACCGUCUUGGUCGCGGAACCCAUUCCUGAGCCGAAUGGCAUUGAAUGA